AUGCCUAGCUUUACCCAGUUCCUCUUGCCUUUCCUCCUUGCUCACCUCGGUGCUUCUGCGCCGUUGGCAAUCGAGGAUAGCGCCACCAAGACGUACACUCUCUCUGGUGAACUCUACGGACCUACUUCUCUCCGUGGUUACGAUGCCGACUACCCAUUGGCCACCGGCGACACUCACCCUGCGACGGUCGAAUUCGCCGCUCACCAGGAGGCUGACGAUCCGGAGGGUAUCUUCCUCGACUUCACCAAUGUGACAAAUCCUCAGCCAAUUCGUGGAACUCGUGGUGGUACCAUCGCUAGCAACAAUGAUAUCUCUCUCCAGAAGAGUCAUCCAGAUACCUUUGCGCCUCCCGUCACUGAUCGUGGUGCUGUCGCGCAGGCCGAGUGGCCGAUGGGACUUAGUCAUACAAAAUUGGGUUUGGAUAAGGGUGGUUGGAGUAGACAGCAGAAUGUUAAAGUUUUGCCAAUUGCAACAGAGAUGGCUGGUGUUGAUAUGAGACUCGAGAAGGGGGCAUACAGAGAGUUGCACUGGCACACCGCCGGUGAGUGGGCUUUGGUGUUGAACGGGUCUGCCCGUAUCCAAUCCAUGAAUACUGAAGGCCAGACUUUCAUCGACGACGUUACCCAGGGUGACGUCUGGUUUUUCCCCAGCGGAAUUCCCCACUCCAUCCAGGGUCUCUCUGAUGGAGUCGAGUUUCUCCUUGUCUUCGAUGAUGGCUCCUUCUCCGAAGAUAGUACCUUCUUAGUCUCCGAGACAUUCGCCCGUAACCCCAAAGAGGUUCUCGCAAAGAAUUUCCAGGUCCCCGUCGAUGCUUUCGACAACAUCCCCGCUGGCGAGCUGUUCAUCUUCCCGGGUACCGAAGCACCAGAAGAUAUCCAGAAGCAGAAUGUCACCGGUCCUGCCGGUGUUAUCCCGAAUGUCGAUUCGUACUCCUUCCACUGGAGUCAGCAGGACCCAAUCAUAGCACCUGGAGGAACUGUCAAGAUUAUUGACUCGACUGUUUUCCCGAUUGCCGAAAAUUUCGCCGCUGCUUUGGUUACGAUUCAUCCUGGUGCCAUGCGUGAAGUUCACUGGCAUCCGGAUUCUGAUGAGUGGUCGUUCUUUUUGGGCGGUCAUGCUAGGAUCACCAUCUACGCUGCUGAGAACAACGCAAGGACUUUCGAUUACGGCCCAGGUGACGUCGGUUAUAUUCCUAAGAGUAUGAGCCAUUACAUCGAGAAUAUCGGCACUGAGGACGUCACCGUUUUGGAAGUCUUGCAAGCGAAGAAGUUUACCGAUAUCUCUCUCGGCCAGUGGCUUGCCCUGACCCCGCCCCAGGUCGUGAAGGACACUCUCAACCUGAGUGACGAGACUAUUGGCCAGCUCUCCAAGGAGAAGCCUUUGGUCGUCAAUGGCCCAGUCCCACCUGCCACUGUCGCGGAUAAUUAG